AUGACAAUCACUAUCAAUUGGGCUAUCUUAGGAGCUGGAAAUAUCUCCUCCCAGUUUGUCUAUGAUUUAUUGCUCAACAACGAUCGAAAGACCGAGUAUCACCAUAUCAUUAGGAGUAUAGGUUGUUCCAAUGCAGAAAAGGGACAAGAUUUCAUCAAACGGAAUAACAUCGUUGCAGAGCGAAACUACAAUAUAACCCCGAUCGUUCAAUCAUACAAAGAGCUUUACGAAAAUCUGGAUGUGGACGUGGUUUAUAUUGGCACUCCACACAACUUUCAUGUUGAGCAAGCCAUUGCAUGUUUAGAGAACGGUAAACAUGUGUUAUGUGAAAAGCCAAUCACAGUGAAUAAGAAGGAUGGGGAGAGAAUAUUUGAAGUUGCGAAAAAGCAGGGAAAGUUUUGUAUGGAAGCUGUUUGGACAAGAUUCUUCCCAGCAAUCAAAGAGCUUAAAGAAAAAGUGUACCAUGAAAAAGUGAUUGGUGAUAUUCACAGAUUGUUUGCUGAUUUAAGCUAUAAUGGUGAUGUCAAAAGCUUGCCUUUGACGUCAAGGGUCAGAGAUAGAUCACUAGCUGCGGGAUCUCUCUUGGAUAUCGGUAUAUAUCCGAUCACUUAUUCAAGAAUUUUAUUGGAUGAUCAAGUUGGUGAGAAUGCUUCAAAAUUUAAUCAAAAAAGCUUUCUCACGAUAGACGAAAACGACUUGGUGGACCACCUUGCCUCCAUUAUCAUCAAAUACGAAGAUGGCAAGCAUGCAUUACUUACUUCGUCGGAGUUGGUUGAUGGGCCGAAAGCGUAUGUUAGACUUGAAGGGUCAGAUGGCUGGGUUGAAAUGUAUAGUGAUAACCCAGCCAGAGCCAAACAUUUCAAAAUUUUCAACAAAAAAGGACUAGAAAUCUAUGAAUACAAGGACAACUCGGGUUAUAAUGGGUUCAUCUAUGAGGCAGAUGCUGUUGCCAAAGAUAUUCAUGAUGGUAAAUUGGAGAACGAAAUAAUGCCCCACGCUGAGAGCUUACUUGUAAUGGGUGUGAUGGAUGAUAUUAGGAAAGAGAAUGGGCUUUCUUAUGAGCAGGAUUGA